GUCUCUUCUUCUCCUCUUCCAGCAGAGCGGAUCAGCUGAUAGCAGAAAGGAGCAAAAAUGUCGGACGAGGAGGACAUGGCUCCAGCCAUGAAGAAGAGUCGCGUUUUCUACGGCAGCCUGGAGGAGAAGGAGCGAGAACGCCUCACGCUGGAGAAGGCGAGCAAUAUGGUUACAGGAAGUGACGCCUUGAGGGCGGGCAUCAAGGCGGGAAACAUCAACAUCUCAUCAGGAGAGACCAUGGAGAUGGAGGAACGGGUCAGCGAGCGGCAGCAGGAAGCACUCGCCGAGUUUGAGCGGCGCCGGCGAGCCCGGCAGAUCACCGUAUCCACCGACGACGCGGAGGUUAAAGCAGGCCUCCGAGCGCUGGGGGAGCCGAUCACGUUGUUCGGAGAGGGCCCCGCUGAUCGCCGUGAGAGGCUGCGAAGCGUUUUGUCCGUGGUCGGUCCAGAUGCUCUGAAGAAGUCCAGGAAAGACGAGGAAAGAGCCAAAAGGUCCCAUGAUGAGUGCCACCAGACAUGGUACCAUGAAGGCCCCUCCUCCCUGAGGGACGCUCGCCUGUGGUUGGCCAGAUACUCUCUACCACGGGCGAUGAAGCGUCUCGAAGCCGCACGCGCUCAGAAGGAGGUUCCUGAGGCGACAAAGACGAUCCGCCAACAGGAGCUCCACAAAUCCCUGAGGAAUCUGAACAACUUCUGCAGUCAGAUUGGAGAUGAUCGACCAAUCAGCUUCUGCCACUUCAGUCCGGACUCCAAAAUGCUGGCCACGGCGUCAUGGAGUGGCCUGUGUAAGCUGUGGUCCGUCCCUGAUUGCACACUGAUCCGGACCCUCAGAGGACACAACACCAACGUAGGAGCCAUCGUCUUUCGCCCGCAGUCCGGAAUAUCUCUCGACCAAUCAGACGUCAACUUGGCCUCCUGUGCUGCUGAUGGGACGGUGAAGCUGUGGAACCUGGAGAGUGACGAGCCAGUUGCGGACAUCGAGGGUCACAGUGAUCGGGUGUCUCGGGUUUCCUGGCAUCCCUCCGGAAGAUUCCUGGGAACCACCUGCUACGACAACUCAUGGCGUCUGUGGGACCUGGAGGUUCAGGAGGAGAUCCUGCAUCAGGAAGGUCACAGCAAAGGAGUUCAUGACAUCAGCUUCCAUCCUGACGGCUCAUUGGCUGCCACAGGGGGGCUGGAUGCGUUCGGCAGGGUUUGGGACCUGAGGACGGGACGCUGCGUGGUUUUCCUCGAGGGACACCUAAAGGAGAUUUACAGCAUUCACUUCAGUCCAAACGGCCACCAUCUGGCCACAGGAAGUGGUGACAACACCUGUAAGGUUUGGGAGCUGCGCAACAGGAAGUGUCUGUACACUGUCCCCGCCCACCAGAACCUGCUGUCAGCCGUCCGCUUCCAACCCACAGACGGUCACUUUCUGUUGACCGGAGCUUACGACAACACGGCGAAGGUCUGGAGCCACCCGGGCUGGAUGCCGCUGAAGACGCUGGCAGGACAUGAGGGGAAGGUGAUGGGCGUGGACAUGUCACCUGAUGGGAAGCUGAUCGCCACCUGCUCUUACGACCGAACCUUCAAACUCUGGCUGUCCGAAUGAUGUCAGCAGUGAUGUCAUCCAAUGAAAUAAGAUUUUUUGUUGUUUUUUUUAAAUCUAAUAAAGAAGUUGAAUCUUUCUUA